AUGAAUCCCAACGGCGAAUCCCCUGUUUCCGGCGAUCUUAUCUCCAAGAAACCAAACGGAAAGGACGGUGUCUCUUCCGACGAACCGAUCAAAUGUACUGGCCAAAACGUGGUCUCUUCCGCCAAAGCUGUCUCUGGCGAUCCUCUGUCAAAGAAACCAAACGGCAAGGCCGUUGUCUCCUCCGCCGAGCCCAUCACACAUAGCAGCGGAACCGGUGUCCCUAAAUCUCAGCCUAUAUCUUCAUGUCCGUCUCUUCCUUACCUUCCGUUCAACGGUGGUGAUUUGAUCAAGUGGGUCAAGGCAAGGAUCUGGUUAUACGUUGUAAUCGAUAUAGCUGAAGGAUCGAUUGAAGAUUGUCGAACGCGUUAUAAUGGUGAUGCAGACCAGCACCAAGUCGUAGAACUAGACAAGAUUCUCGAAGAGGAUGCCCCUAUUGUUAUCUGCAGUUGCCAGUUUGAUAUGCAAUACUCAUGGACUACUGAGGCACGUGCACGACGGGCUUUGGCAAUGUCUCAGCUCUUCUUCUGA